GAGACGGAGAAGGGAGGGUACGAAGGGGUGGGGGGCGCCCUAAGCCCGCGCUCCGGAAGUGAAGCGGCCACUCCACCCGCUAAUGGACGCACAGCAGCCGCCGGAGAAACCGCUCUCGGCGCCAGGGACAGCUUGACUUGGCUGAAGGUAAGACACAUGUAUAGAGGUGUGUGACAUCUUCCUGAUCUGGAAGCUGAGUACGUGGCUCCUUGACUCUUGAAGAACAUUCUGGAACACAUAAACAGGAGUCCUUGCUUCCUGCUGUGUGAGUCCCCAGAGUCGGGUGCUAGAGUGGAAACCACCUACCCACUGAUUAGAGAGAGAGGCGAGGUGACAGAAACCAGGAGACUGCUGUUCCAGGUGCCUCACAGUGACAAGAGUCAACACCACACAGCUACAACAAACCCUCGGAAACAGCAGCAAACGCACUGCAGAGCAACAGCCCACCUUACCUACCAUCAGCCUUGCUGUGGGUCUGAAGACAGGCAGGGAGCGUCUGUUCUUGCCACUGGGUGAAGAGACAAGGCAUUUGGUCCACAAGACUUUGAGCGGCUUGGAGACCGAGUGCAAAAGCACACCCUGGGACAAUGGCAGUGGCCCUGCUGGAGGAGUGGUGCAAGAUCAUGGGUGUGGAUGUCCAGAAGUCCCUGCUGGUGACUGGCAUUCCUGUGAACUGUAGUGAGCCUGAGAUCCAGACAGUCCUACAGGAGGCACUGAAGUGUGUGGGCAGCUACCGGCUACUGGGCAAAAUACUCCAGAAGCAAGACAAUACCAGUGCUGUCUUACUAGAACUUAUGGAGGACGCGGAUAUGUCUGUGGUUCCCAGUGAGGUGCAGGGAAAGGGAGGUGUCUGGAAAGUGAUCUUCAAGACCCCUAAUCAGGACACUGAGUUUCUCCAAAGACUCAACCUCUUUCUAGAAAAGGAAGGGCAGACGGUCGCAGGGAUGUUCCGAGCCCUGAAGCAUGAGGGAGUGUCCCCAGCCACCACACCCUGCACAUCCCCCGAGUUAUUGGCCCACUUGGUGGGGCAGGCAAUGGUUCACGCCCAGAGGCCUCUGUUGCCUGUGAGGUACUGUAAGCUGAGAGUAUUCUCUGGGAGCACAGUGGCUGCCCCAGAGGAGGAGCCCUUUGAGGUUUGGUUGGAACAGGCCACUGAGAUAGCCAAAGAGUGGCCCAUCCCUGAGACAGAAAAGAAAAGGUGGGUGACGGAGAGCCUCCGUGGCCCUGCCCUGGACCUCAUGCACAUAGUACAAGCAGACAACCCUUCUAUCAGUGCAGAAGAAUGUCUGGAGGCCUUUAAGCAGGUGUUUGGGAGCAUGGAGAGCCGUAGAACCUCACAGGUCAAAUACCUAAAAACCUAUCAGCAAGAAGGAGAGAAAAUCUCAGCCUAUGUGCUCCGGCUGGAGACUCUGCUCCGGAGAGCUGUGGAAAAAAGGGCCAUCCCCCGGAACAUUGCUGACCAGGUACGUCUGGAGCAGGUCAUGGCUGGAGCCAACCUUAGCAACGUUCUCUGGUGCAGGCUACGGGAGCUGAAGGAUCAGGGCCCACUGCCCACGUUUUUGCAGCUGAUGAAGGUGGUCCGUGAGGAGGAAGAAGAAGAGGCCUACUUUGAACAUGAGAGCAGAGAGGAGCCAGGGGAAAGGGAGGGCUCUGGCCGCUGGGACAAUUCAAGGAACAACUGACAGACAUCCCUACUCCAUUUCUGAUCUGGUAAUGCUUGACAAGGCUAAUCCCAUUCUAGUGCACUCUGCUUUAAAGUGCAGGACUGAAGUCAAGCAUUAGGAAUGAAGGUUUUUGGGUUUUUUUUGUUUUUCCUUUUUCUUUGGUUUUGAUGGUUCUCACCUUAUAGCCCAGGCUGGCCUUGAACUGGUAUUCUUCCUGCCU